AUGGGAGUCUAUCAGAGGAUCAACAAGAAUCACAGCUAUCACCGGGCGAUAUUCCUCACUGUAUYGUUGGCCACCGCGGCGCUAUGCAGUCUCUCGCCCGUAGCAUGCUUCAAGAACUUCAGUGCCAAGGAGCGUCGCAAGAAGGAGCGGGGUCAGGAGGAUCUGGAGAUGGCGACGAUCCAGGGGCAGGAAGAGGACUCGGAAUCGGAGCAGGAGGAAGCGGAGCAGGAAGAGGAGUGGCGGCGGUCUCAGAUGCUGAGAGCGAGACGUCCUUCCCAUUCCCAACCACGCACUUCUCAGCUGCCACCGCAUCGUCGCCGUUCUUCAAUGAGGGCCCCAGAGCGCCGCGAGCGGAUUCAACACGAGGAGAUGGAGGUGAGGUGGAGGGGUCUUCCACCAUACGAUCAGGAGUCGGAGGGCGAUCACCGCCACCGCCGACAUUCGCGUCGACACUCGAGACAAUAG